GGCGCGGGAGGAGUCAGAGUCUUGAGGGGCCGGGCCGGGCGGAUUCCCUUCUCUCCCAAUGUGAGCAGUGUCCUGAGCGCCCCCCCCCGUCAGGCGAAGGCUGCCCAGAGAGCUGGAGCCGGUGGCCGGGCCGGGAACAUGAGGCAGUGUCUCCUCUUCCUGACCAGCGUGGUUCCUUUCGUGCUGGCGCCGCGACCUCCGGACGGGCCGGGCUUCGGCUCCCCGCAGCGACUCGAAAAGCUUGAUUCUUUACUCUCAGACUACGAUAUCCUCUCUUUAUCCAAUAUCCAGCAGCACUCAGUAAGAAAACGCGAUCUACAAGCCUCAACACAUUUAGAAACACUACUAACUUUUUCAGCCUUGAAAAGGCAUUUUAAAUUAUACCUGACGUCAAGUACUGAACGCUUUUCCCAGAAUUUCAAAGUCGUGGUGGUAGAUGGUAAAGACGAAAGCGAGUAUGCCGUCAAGUGGCAGGACUUCUUUACUGGACACGUGGUCGGUGAGCCUGACUCUAGAGUUCUAGCCCACAUAGGAGAUGAUGAUAUUACAGUAAGAAUCAACACAGAUGGGGCAGAAUAUAAUAUAGAGCCACUUUGGAGACUAAUUAAUGAUACUAAAGACAAAAGAAUGUUAGUUUAUAAAUCUGAAGAUAUCAAGAAUAUUUCACGUCUGCAGUCUCCAAAAGUGUGUGGUUAUAUAAAGGCGGAUAAUGAAGAGUUGCUUCCAAAAGGGCUAGUAGACAGAGAGCCACCUGAUGAGCUUGUUCAUCGGGUGAAGAGAAGAGCUGACCCUAAUCCCAUGAAGAACACGUGUAAAUUGUUGGUGGUAGCAGAUCAUCGCUUUUACAAAUACAUGGGCAGAGGGGAAGAGAGCACAACUACAAAUUACUUGAUAGAACUUAUUGACAGAGUUGAUGACAUCUAUCGGAACACUUCAUGGGACAACGCGGGUUUUAAAGGUUACGGAAUACAGAUCGAGCAGAUUCGCAUUCUCAAGUCUCCACAAGAUGUGAAACCUGGUGAAAGGCACUAUAACAUGGCAAAAAGUUAUCCAAAUGAAGAAAAGGAUGCUUGGGAUGUGAAGAUGUUGCUAGAGCAAUUUAGCUUUGAUAUAGCUGAGGAAGCAUCUAAAGUCUGCCUCGCACAUCUUUUCACCUAUCAAGAUUUUGAUAUGGGAACUCUUGGAUUAGCUUACGUUGGUUCUCCCAGAGCAAACAGCCACGGAGGUGUUUGUCCAAAGGCUUACUAUAGUCCAAUUGGAAAGAAGAAUAUCUAUUUGAAUAGUGGUUUGACCAGCACAAAAAAUUAUGGUAAAACCAUCCUCACAAAGGAAGCUGACCUGGUUACAACUCAUGAAUUGGGACACAAUUUUGGAGCAGAACAUGAUCCGGAUGGCCUAGCGGAAUGUGCCCCAAAUGAGGACCAGGGAGGAAAAUAUGUUAUGUAUCCCAUAGCGGUGAGUGGAGAUCACGAGAACAAUAAGAUGUUUUCAAACUGCAGUAAGCAGUCCAUCUAUAAGACCAUUGAAAGUAAGGCCCAGGAGUGUUUCCAAGAACGAAGCAACAAAGUGUGUGGGAACUCCAGGGUGGACGAAGGAGAGGAAUGCGAUCCUGGCAUCAUGUACCUGAACAACGACACCUGCUGCAGCAGCGAAUGCAUGCUCAAGGAGGGUGUGCAGUGCAGUGAUAGGAACAGUCCUUGCUGUAAAAACUGUCAGUUCGAGACUGCCCAGAAGAAGUGCCAGGAGGCUAUUAAUGCUACUUGCAAAGGCGUGUCUUACUGCACAGGUAACAGCAGCGAGUGCCCCCCUCCCGGAAACGCCGCAGAUGACACGGUGUGCUUGGAUCUUGGCAAGUGUAAAGAUGGGAAGUGCGUUCCCUUCUGUGAGAGGGAGCAGCGGCUGGAGUCCUGUGCGUGUAACGAGACUGACAACUCGUGCAAGGUGUGCUGCCGGGACCCCUCGGGCCGGUGCGUGCCCUAUGUGGACGCUGAACAAAAGAACUUAUUCUUGAGGAAAGGAAAGCCGUGUACGGUGGGAUUUUGUGACAUGAAUGGCAAAUGUGAGAAACGAGUCCAGGACGUCAUCGAGCGAUUCUGGGACUUCAUUGACCAGUUGAGCAUCAACACUUUUGGGAAGUUUUUAGCGGACAACAUCGUGGGUUCCGUCCUGGUUUUCUCCUUGAUAUUUUGGAUCCCUUUCAGCAUUCUUGUCCAUUGUGUGGAUAAGAAACUGGAUAAGCAGUACGAGUCGCUGUCUCUGUUCCACCCCAGCAACGUGGAAAUGCUAAGCAGCAUGGACUCGGCCUCGGUUCGCAUCGUCAAGCCCUUCCCCGCGCCCCAGACCCCCGGCCGCCCGCAGCCCCUCCAGGCCGCCCCCGCGCCGCCGCCGCCGGUGCCUGCGGCUCCCAAGCUGGACCACCAGCGCAUGGACACGAUCCAGGAGGACCCCAGCACGGACUCGCACGUGGACGAGGACGGCUUUGAGAAGGACCCCUUCCCCAACAGCAGCACGGCCGCCAAGUCGUUCGAGGACCUCACGGGCCGGCCCGUCACGAGGAGCGAGAAGGCCUCGUCCUUCAAGCUGCAGCGCCAGAACCGCGUGGGCAGCAAGGAGACAGAGUGCUAGGCCGGGGACCCGGGCCGGGCCUCAGGCGUGCGGGCUCGUCACACGCGGGACUUGAAGUCGCCGCGUCUUUUUGUGAAGAUUUGGGAGACCCGAGUGACUUCACGGCAGACGCUGGUCACGUGUUUGGGCUCCUUCACACGUAAUAAACGACGCUCGUGUGCUCAGGCCCUUGUCCUUUGGAAGAGGGAAGGUGGAUCUAGCUUAUUUUGAGGCUUUCAGGUUUUACUUUUUUUGGUUUUUAAAAUAUCCUUCAACCUGUGGUGCAAAAGCAGAAAAUACAGCUGGAUUAGGUUAUGAAUAUU